AGCAAAAGAGAAAGAAAUUUCAUGUAUAUCGAUAUGCAACAAAAACAUUGUGAUUUGAUAUCUAUCAUUGAUUUUCGGUUGUAAUUAAUUGGUAUGAAUAUAUUGGUGACUUUUAAGUUUUGAACGUGAAAUUGUUUCUCAUAAUUGUCACUUUCUCGAUUGCAAGCAAAAGUUUGAGCCCCAUUUCACCUAAUAUAUACGAUUAAAAACUAUCGGAGAAUUUCACAAAAUAUACUGUAGUCUAUUUUAUAUUUCCUUUCACAACGACACACAGAUAGAAAAUUGUCGUGUUUUUAGCCCAAUAUUUAUUGUGUUUGUGCAUUUUCCCGAGCGUUAUUGAAUGUACGUUAUUGAAUGUAAAUUUACGACACAACAUUUUGUAAGUUUGAAAUUGUAAUAAAUCCUGCAAUACAUUCACAAUGUCCGAUAGUUCAAAAGCAGAGAAAAUUGCUGCAGCUCGAAAAAAGCUGAAGCAAUUUCAAUCGAAAGCAAAAACAGAAACAGCAUCCAAUAGUACGGUGACUUCGUGUGGAAUCGGAUCAAGUGUAAAUACUAAUGGAACUGCAACAUGUAUUGAGCAUACACAAAAUGACAAUGCAAUGAUAGCAAUUCAGCCGCAACAAAUUAACAUGCAAUUUGAGGCCGUUGAUCCCGUUCAAUUCGAUUCAACCAAAUUAUUUGAUCAACAUAUACCGGCCAGUGAAAAUAUGAUUGGUUCUCAAUCUGAAAUGGCAUUAAAUAUUACUGCAACACCGGCUAUAAAUACCAAUGCCAAUUUGCCGCAACAAUCACAAACAUCGCUGGCAAUACAAACAACAUUUCCACAUUUUUCAAAUGUUAGCCAAAUAGCAUCAUCGCAGCCGCUGACAACUUCUUUUUCAAUACAACAACCAAAUCUAGAGAGCAAUCCGGUUAAAAAUUGUGUUUCAGAUUUGUCACAUUUAGCCGAACAAUGUAAUCAAGAGCUAAAUAAUUUAUUGCAAGUAGAAAAGGUGCGUAAUCAUGAGCUUAGUGUAAAAGUGACCCAACAACAUUCCACAAUCGAAGAAUUGAGCAAUGAAUUGAAUCAACUACGUAAAAACAGUGGCACAAUUCAAGAAUUACAACAACAAGUUAAUGCUCACAUACAAACCGUUAAUAUUUUGGUGGGUGAAAAAUCCGAUUUAAGCGCAAAACUCAACGAAUUUGAAUCGGAAUGUGUCGAAUUAAAGGGUCGUCUGAAGGCAUCAAGGCACCGGGUGUCUGAAUUGGAAAAGGAUUUAAAUACAAUGACCCAAUCGCAUCAAAAAUAUGAUGGAUCACAACAGGCACUGUGCACGGAACUCGAAACCAUUCAAGAAGAUAAUAAACGUUUUAAGCGGUUGCAUCAAGAGACAUGCGAUGAAAAUACCGAAAUUCAAUAUCAACUUGCCAUCAAGACAAAGGAAAUUGAUGAAUUGAAAAAUGUCAUCAGUGCAAAAUGUAGUGAACUUGAAAUGGUACAUGUUCGUCUUGAGCAAUUGACCGGCGGUGAUUUAACACAAUCAAAUGAAACAUCAGCCGUUGAACAAAAUCAUAAAGAUCAACGAAUUUUGGAUUCAGAACGCCAAAUUAUUGAACUACAAAAUAUGAUUUCGGAAUUGACAAGUGACCGUGAUCGUACUCAACAACAAUAUCAAUCAUAUGUACAACAUUUAACAAAUGAAACGACAUCGAUGAAUCAACGCAUUCAAGAGCUCACCAAAACCAAUGAAAAACUUACCAAACGAGAAGAAUCGCUAGUUAAUCACGUCCAAGAAUUGGAAAAACAAAUUCAAAAGCAACUCAGCACUCAACGGAGAUUGGCCGCUUUACGUGAUAAUGACGACAAACAAAAGGCAGAUGAUAAGAUGAACAAAGAUAAUGCAUUAAAUGAUAUUUCACACAAUAAUGACGAAUUGAGUACAUUACGAAAAAAAUUGAAUGCAAUUGAAAAGGAAAAAUUCGAUUUAAAUGUACUCUUGGAAGAAUAUAACACGCAGAAGCUAUCAUUGCAACAACAUUUAUUGGAAAAAGAUGCCAAACUAACGGAAAUUGAAUCGGAGUUAGAUUAUUUACGAACCGAGCGACCAGACACAUCUAAUUUAUUGGCCACGAUUGAAAGUGACAAAGUUGCCGCCUCACGAGCAAUGACCCAAAAUCAAGAACUGAGAAAACAACUCGAAGAAAUGCAACAAGCGUUCGUGCAAGUGAGUAACCAAAAAUUGGAAUUAACGUCCCAAUUGCAGAGUGAAGAGUAUAUGAAUCGUGAUAUUCGAAAUCGUUUUGGUGAUUUGGAGUCUGAAUUGAAAUCGAUCAAAGAGAAAUUGCAUUUUAAAGAUGAAGAAAUGAUUCGAUUGACCCAUGAAAAUUCGCAAUUCGGUGCAAAAAUACAAGAACUAUCGAAACGUUUGAACAGCAGCAGCAAUGAUGGUGUACGGCAACUGACCGAAUUACAAAAGAAAUUGCACUCGACAAAAAAGGAAAUUAAAAAAUUACGGACUAAAUUGAAAGAAGUGGCUCCGACCACUGAGGUUGAUGAAUUGCCAAAAAAUGGAGAUGAAAAUGGGCAAGUGGUUGAGAUCACUUCUAAGUGUGACGUAGAAAACGAACACAAACAUGAUCAUGACGGAGAAUAUCAUCACAGUGAACAUCAUCUUGACCAUGGCCAUGAUCACAACGAAGAUGACGAUGAAUGUAAAUCGGUCGAAGCUUUGGAUAAUUCCGAUGUGGUGUCCGUAACAUCAACUAUAAAUAUUGCAACAAAUGAAGCAAUGGACAAACUUCAAGAACGUUUCAAACGAACAAUGAAUGAAAUUGCUGAUUUGACGGAAGAAAAACAACGUCUUGAACAUCUGGUAACACAAUUACAAAGUGAAACCGAAACAAUUGGUGAAUAUAUUGCACUAUAUCAAACGCAACGACGCCUAUUGAAACAACGUGAAAUUGAGAAAGAUAUUCAAUUGAAUCGAAUUGCAGCCGAUCGCGAAGGCAUGAAAGAUAAAUUACGUCAAUUGAAUGAAUUGGUUGAACUAUUGAUGAUUCAAAAGGGUUUUAAUAAUGCCAAGGAAAUUAUUACGCAAUUGAAUACAACAAAUAAUAAUGGCGAAAAAGUUCCUGAAAAUACCGAAACACCGACGGUGAUAAAUGGUUCAUCGACGCCGACAAUUAUGGAUUGUGAGAACAUUCCACAGAAUGUUCAACCUAUGCAAAAUAACUGUCAUGAACACGAUCAUCAUUUGCCUGAAAAUGAUCUACGUAGUCAUAUUAUUCAAUCGCAUCACGAUACAAAUACCCGUGAAACGGCUACCAAAAUUAUCAACCUUUUAACUGAUAUUAAGGAUACAAAUUUGCGACAAGAUUACACAGUAGUUUCUAACAGUGUAGAUCAUUGUUCGUGUUGUUCCGGUAAAUUGGAAGUCGUGUGAAAUUGAAUGCAAAAUAAAUAAAUAAUAAGAACACAAACAUUCAUAUUGAAAUAAUCGAAUUCA